AUGGUGUUAACACAGGUUACAUUCCACGUCAAGCACAACCCUCUGGCCCAGGGAAAGGUGGCGAUUCCAUCAGGCCGUGUGCCGUUUCGUGCUUUCUGGUGUUAUCCUGCCCAUCAGCAGCACAUCAACCUCGACCAGCGGUUCAGCACCACCUCACAGAUCGGUUUACUGAAAGCGCGUAUUCUCUCGCAGCUGGGUCUCCGCCAUCCAUCCGCUUAUAAUCGCUACGACAUCGUCUGGCCAGCCCUCACUCCCUGUUCUUUCUCCCGUUCCCCCCGCUCCCCAUCAUCACCCCCGGGCAGUCCGGUUCUAUUGGGUAUGGAGCUGUUCGGCCGCGGGAUGUCGGUGUAUCUGGACAGGAAGAACCUGACCAGUCCGGGCUUCCAGACGGUGCUGCUGUCCGCGGCGGGAGUGCCGUAUCUCGUGCGCAGUGCGCCGCACGGACGACAGUGUCACUAUCGUGGCCGAGCGGAGAUCUGUGUGGCCGGAGUGUGUCAGGAAGGCAGUGCGGCCAUUAGUCUGUGUCAGGAACAAGAUGGCGGACUGAGUGGCUACGUGAAAAUUGACGGGGACGAUGUGCAGAUCAAGCCCCUGCCUGCGGCUGUCUCCAAUCGGCUGAGAGAAGCCAGCGGCGCCCACCUGGCCAAGCGCCUGGAACCCCUGGAGCACUGGGACGAGUUGCGGGAGUUGAAUGUGGACAUGAUCGACGGCAACACCCUGCAAGUGCCUCCUUUGCUGUCGCGCUCCUCGUUAGUCCAGGAGAUCCGUCAGCGCUACGGCUUCCUCCACGACUGCGAACUGGUCGUGCCGCCCGACGUCCUGGCCAUUUCCGACGACGUGGCCACCGCCGACGGGGGCCGCCUGCAGCUGGCCAUCGCGGUGUUCGUUGACCAGACGAUGGCCGGUCUGCUGCUACAGCAGUACACCACGCUCGAUGAACAGACCAACGUCGUUCUGGCCGCACUCAACGCCGUGCAGGUGCUCUUCGACGACGACAGCUUCGGCCAGCCCAAAGUCAGGAUUGUCGUCAAGCGGAUCAUUAUUGAUCAGACUGGCAAGACGUUUAAAGGUGACGGUGAAGCGGAACAGUAUUUGUUGGAUUUUUGUCAGUAUCAGGAUCAGCUGGGCAGCGCCGUGGGAGGCACCGACUGGGACGUGACGGUGGCGCUGACCAGGCUGGACAUCUACGGCGUCCUGGACGACGUGCGCAAGGACCAGAUGGACGCCGGCAUACAGUUCCCCGAUAAUCGCGUCUACGGCGUGACCGGCUGUAUAUUUGUCGGCGGAGCGUGUCGAGCGCAUCGCAACUGUGUCAUCGCUGAAUUCCGCAAAGAAAAUGGAAACGUGGAUACGAUAGCGCUUGAGGUGGGGGAAUACCAGAAUGAAACGUUUUUUUCCAACACGCGCAUCAGCAGUUUAUACAGCGGCAACAUCAUGUCCCUGAGCAGUGCCAAGCAGCGCCUCGGCUGGUCGGUCUGCAGCGUCAAGAGCUUCCACGACUUCCUCACCAACGGCACAGGUCACCGUCUCCACGCCCACAGUGACGAACCGGAAGUGGCAGCACUGACGAAUGGUUGA